AUGCAAAGUGCAGAAUGUCAACUUUCUGAUUUGGGUCCUUCGCCUGGAGAGCCCGACUUCUUUAUGAGCGACUUCCACCUCACUUAUAAAACGUCCCAUGAAAGGGCAUUAUAUAACGAACUGUUAUGUAACUGGACACGAGACGUAAGGCGUGAGAUGGGUGUAUCAGGUAAGGCCAUGAUGAUUUUCAGGUAAGCUAGAUAUAAGCCAGUAUACUCAGAUACUCCUUGCAUUCGCCGAGUGGGCCUGUUCUUGCGAAUUUCAUGCACUCGUCGCUGCGCUAGUGAGGUUGGCAAAUCAGCUUGAGUGAUUUUAUUACACAGUUAUUUAAAAUGGAGCUUAGCAACAAAAUUUACUCACAGUGAUGUUAACCUACCAUGGCCUAGGAGGCUUACAGUCCAGUUUUGUAUUUGACAGUCCAGUUUUAUUUUUUCACAGUCCAAUUUCAUUUUUUCACAGUCCAACUUUGUUUCAAUUCGCAGUCCUGUUUAAUUUUCAGUAUUUAGGUACCAGCUCUCUAUGUUAAGACGCAACAGCUAUGCGCAUGCUCAUGUGCUAUGCAAUCUGGCUUUUGGCGGGAAUUUUAACAUUACCAUUUUGUCCUAACUGAUUUAAGAAGUCGAGAGAUGUCUUUGCCAAUAUAUACGCCAUGUAAGAGAGUAGAUGACGGAACUGCUGAAGAUUAUCUGGAGCUUGUAUUGCAAUAUUUCUGA